AUGGAUAUGUUAGAGAGACAUCAAUUGAAUGGUGAAUGGAAACUCGUCCUAUUUGCUUCCUUCGCAGCAUUUGUUAAGGCAAAGUUAUUUAGAAAAAGAAUUUCCGAAACUGAACAAUGUUUUCAGGGCUGCCCAGCUUUGAAAAAAAAAGAAUCAACAUUAACGGCAAAGACAACGAAAACAAUAUACUAG